GCUCAGUUCAUAUCUGGUUUGGGAAUAAAUAUCGAGGUUCACACGCUCAGCCUUGCCUACGAGCGGCGAGGUUUUAUUGAAUUUUGUUUGAGACCGGAGCAUAGCGAUUUUAAGUGGUGGCACCUGAUAGUGCAUCGCGCGACCCACCGACGGCCAUACCGUAGAAGAAAACUGGCGAAUGUGCAAAAUUCCGCAGGAGAACUUCUGGGACCAUGGGAUGACGUGUGUCUGUGGAGCCGGGGUGAAGACUAUAUGCGGGAUGGUUUUGUCGUCAACGAUGGUGAGGGGGAAGAUGAAGAUGAAUACAGCCGGCAGAGCGGCCUUCUCGCACGUGUGCGGGUGUCUCUCAAGCCUCGGAGUCGGAGUCGGGGUCGGACUCAGAUUCAGAUGACGAUACGGCCUCUGGACGAAUUGCCCAAGAAGAUCAGGGCGAAACGUGCUUCGGGGAAAAGAAAGGCAGAGGUCGUGUCCUCGCCCAGCCCCAAAAGAAGCCAUCAGUAUGAAGGCGAGGGCAGUGAUGAUGAUAUCGCUGCUCAGCCCUCACGAAAACGCCGCAAAGGUGCUGAUCAUUCUAUGAGCGAUUUACGCAUUUUCUCAAGUGCCACGAUGGCAGGUCCCCGCCUAGUUCACGAUAGGCCCGCCCACAAUGAUUUCCACUCUGGUGCAGAGCCCGUCGCUUCAACUUCGCAUCUUGAUGAACAAGAAUCUCCCUAUCAACUCUCUCACCCUGGAUCAUCCCAGGAAUCUCCCUAUCAACACUCUCACUCUGGAUCAUCCCAGAAAUCCGCUGCAAGUUCAAGCUUAGCUGAUGAAUCGCAAACUGAAGAUGAGUUUUCACAAAUUGACACCGAGGAAUUAUCGGAUGAUGGUUAUGAUAUUCCUCCUCCCUCAAUUUUGGGAAGCUAUUAUCGUCCGUUUCCGCGUGUAAUUACUGGUUCUUAUUAUCAGGAGAUGUCUUAG